UCUCACUGAAGCGGCUUUGAUUGUUAUUAUCAGUCCAGCUGCAGUAUAAAGGCUGCAGUAGAUCUCAUGACCCUUAUCUCGUUUUGCUCCAUACACGCCAGAUCUGGAGGCCACCAUGAACUACAUGUAAUAAACUCAGCCGACUAGCAACAUUACCUGAAGAACACAGCUGAAAUGCCCGGACCGAGGAAAAUUAGAAAACCUGAUACUAAAGUGGUCAUUUUGGGAGACAUGAACGUUGGGAAAACGUCUCUCCUCCACAGAUACACGGAGAGAAGUUUUAAAGACACGCUGAGCACAGUCGGAGGAGCUUUCUUUCUGAAGCAGUGGGGACCCUACAACAUAUCCAUUUGGGACACAGCAGGUCGAGAACAGUUUCAUGGCUUAGGCUCGAUGUACUGCCGUGGUGCAGCAGCCAUCGUCCUCACGUAUGAUGUGACCAGCUGGCAGAGCCUGUUGCAGCUCGAGGAGCGGUUUUUGACACUUACCGACUCAGCCAACAGAGAAUGCAUUUUUGCCAUUGUGGGCAACAAGGCUGACCUGACUGACCCGUGUGCCCUGGUCACACCCCCCAAGGACAGCCCUGCGGGCCCUACCCCACCACACACACCCACUAUGCGCAAACAGGUGUCACGGGAGGAUGCAGUGGCGUUUUACAACCGCAUUGUGCGCUACAAGGCUUUGGAUACUCUUGCUUUUCCAUGUGCUGAGGAUAUGUGCUUCGAGACAAGUGCCAAAACGGGCUACAAUGUGGAUGCUCUGUUUGAGACAUUGUUUGAACGGCUGCUGCCAACUAUCAUUAAUAAGCAAACACAGACUGAGUCACCUACUGUUUGCUUGGAGGACUAUCAGGAUGUGGGAAAGAAGAAAAGUGAAUGCUGUAUGUAAGAAACCUGUUAAGCUAAAUUUACUGAAUCCUGUCAAUAUAAACCAUUACUUAUUUAAGAGGCUGCAACAGUGUGGAUACGUCUGCAAGUCUAGUUGCAUUAGGUUUAUGCUUCUAGACAUUUAAGAUUGACCCUCUUACAAUGAUCCAGGGCCAAAAGUGUUUUACAAAAAAUAUUUUUUGAAACUUACAAAAUUACCAAUAAAAAUAUUUUUAUACACUGUACUCCUGUACUGGAGUCAUUUGCCCGAUUGCCUACGUAACUACUGUGCAUUUUUUGGAUGAAACAUGGUAUUCACUACAGGGAAACUAAAGCGAAAACGUCUACUAAAAGUGGUUUUGUGACGAUCUGUAAUGUAAAGAUGUGCCCCAAAACCCAUAUUACAAAAUUACACAUGUAAACUUGGCAAAUUUAAUGCUGGUGUUUUGUUAAGGUAAAAGCACCAUGGAUUAUAUAGAUUGCCAAGUGAUGUUGAGAUGAAGACCUUUAGUGCUCGGUCUGGGGAUAGAUAGAUUUGGUAUUUGGGGUUGUGUGUGUGGGGUUUGGGUUCAAGCAAGAUUAAACCCAAAGCACUACCCUGAAAUUCAAGUGGUACAAUACAUGUUACUUAUACACAUCGUAUUACCAUACCAGACAUCUCAAGGUAGCACACAUCCAAUAGUUUUAUCAUCAACGUUCUUAUUAGCAUGUAGCAUACAGUUUUGGACAGUUGUAUUUAGUGGCCAUUUUGGGAUUACAUCAGAACGUCAUGGUAGGCAUACCAAGUAUGUGGUCUGGGACAUUUUCUUUUUGCUAUUCUAUGUGUGUAGUGUGUCAUGUAGAUGUCAAACAAAUGUGUUUAUUCUUGUAAGUGCUUAUAAUUGCAAUUGUAUCAUUAAAAUUAUUUAUUAUGUA